UAAGUACCACGGAUAGGCUGCAGACUGUUGCUGGAGACGUUUGCGAUCAGCCAUUCGAGACGGAGUCCGAGCGAAACGGUCCCAAAGCAGCACGCCUCUGCCCCGGAGCCCGCGGGGAUUGCGUCGGAGCUGCCUUGUCCUGAUCAGCGGUUUGUUCAGGGUUUUCAGCUGGUCCUUCUGAACCUUCAACAUGAUGCAAAUCAGCAGCGAGUUUUCCAGCCACAGACACUCACUACUCAAUGUGAUGAACCGUUUCAUCGCCGCUGCCAACAACAUGGAUGAGACCAUCAUGGUGCCCAGCCUGCUGCGAGAUGUUCCACUGGAGGACCAGGGCCCGACGGAGGACAGAAACCAUGGCGAUGAGCCCAGUUACCAAGGCAAGCAGAGGGACAUGUAUGAGCACUACCUCCUGUUGAAGUCCAUCAAGAACGACAUGGAAUGGGGGCUGUUCAAAAGAGAGCUCGGUGGUGGCUCCAGCUUCCUGGAGAUGACCGUCAGACAGGAGGAGCCUUGGCAGCCGAGGGCAGAGGGGGUGGACGCGUCUGAAGGCACUUCGGAUCUGGAAGGCCAGUUCCAUUACCACUUGCGUGGGCUGUUUGGGGUGCUCUCCAAACUCACCCUGCAAGCAGACCAUCUCACUAACCGCUACAAACGGGAGAUUGGGGGAGGAGACUUGAUGAGAUAAGCUCCGCCUCCUGUUUAAUUAUGAACUUCGCCUGCCCUGCCCCUCUUAUCUCGCACUGGUGGUGUUUGCUGAGCACAGAAGUGAGCUGCGUAAAGGCCGGUUCACUCCCCUUGUUCACUAGACACAAAGGGCCUUGUACUCCAUUUAGCAACUAACAUGCAUAUAGCAUAUUAUCGGUCCUUUCUGAGUAGCGCCCUCCACCAACGCUGUCAAAAGGUGUGGAUCCCAUGUAUUAACUCCAUAAACCAGGGUCACUGAUUUGAGAAAUGUAGACAACAAUGCACAAUUGUCUAGAAUUAAGUGGUUAAUUUGAACAAAAUGAUCUUUUGAUAAUUACAAAAGUUGCAAUUAGUUUUGAUUGGAAAAAUGAUAUCCUGCACUACUGCACAAAUGAAUCCUUUAUGUAUGCUCUGAGCACAGAUUUUGUGUGAUCAGUCAGUCAGGCCUGUCAUCGGGUGGCGAUUCGGCUGCCUGCCGGUGCUCCAGUGCCUGUCGGCGUGUUUCCCUCUUUCCACUUAAGGAUACUUUCACUGCACUUUAUCUUGAGCGGUUUCCUUGGUGUGUGAACCUGCUGUAAUGUCUCAUUUCCUUGGCAACCAGCGGUUUUAUAUUGUCACGCACAGCGUUACUGAGGCUGGUGGCUAAAGUCACACCUGCUUCCAUUUUUAUCUUGACGCAAAAGCAAAUUUAUUGGCAACUCGGAAUGUCAGGAUCGCCCCUGACGUCUCAGCCGGUGACUUCGGGGGAUCUUAACCACUAGCGUGUAAACUAGGCCCUUUUUAUAAUGCUGAAGCACUUUUUCAAUAACAGUUGGACUCCGUUGAGAAUUGAGCUGAUCUGUCAAAAUAAACCGUAACUGAAGUUGAA